ACAACAAAAGGAAAAAAGAACAAAAUAAUUAAAUAAAAACAAUUUAAUUUUUUCAGUAUGUGUGUCUGUCUUCCAUUUCCACAAAUUAUAUAAACACCCAAAUAAGAUCUCAUUCUCUUAUAAAUAAAAAAUGGGUUGUCGUCAAAUCUGGUUCAUAGUUUUGUUCCUCUGUGUGUUUCAGUUCUUGGACUACACAGUUAGCUCCACCGUUGAAGAGAAUGGGAAGGUGUUUGUGUACGGAAGAGCCGCCGUGGGAACUAUAGACGAAGACUUCAUUUGCGCCACCUUGGACUGGUGGCCGCCGGAGAAAUGUGACUACGGCACUUGUAGUUGGGACCAUGCUUCCAUUCUCAAUCUGGAUUUGAACAACAUUAUUCUUCAAAAUGCAAUCAAAGCAUUUGCUCCAUUGAAAAUAAGAAUAGGUGGAACAUUACAAGACUUGGUGAUAUAUGAGACGCUAGAUCAACAGCAACCUUGUCUUCCUUUUACCAAAAACUCUUCAAUUAUCUUUGGUUACACACAAGGAUGUCUGCCUAUGCGUCGAUGGGACGAGCUCAAUGCCUUCUUCCGUAAAACUGGAGCUAAAGUCAUCUUUGGACUGAAUGCACUCUCGGGUCGUUCCAUAAAACCUAACGGUGAAGCCAUAGGAGCCUGGGAUUCCACCAAUGCUGAAUCAUUUAUCCGGUUUACAGCACAGAAUAACCAUACCGUAGAUGGUUGGGAGCUCGGCAAUGAGUUGUGUGGAAGUGGUAUUGGUGCACGAGUUGCAGCCAAUCAGUAUGCUAUAGACACCAUAAAUCUAAGAAACAUUGUGAACCGGGUUUACAAGAACAUGAGUCCCAUGCCAUUAGUGAUAGGCCCGGGUGGCUUCUUUGAAGCUGCUUGGUUCACAGAAUACCUGAGCAAAACAGAAAACUCUCUCAACGCUACCACACACCACAUCUACGAUCUCGGUCCAGGGGUCGAUGAACAUCUGAUAGAAAAGAUAUUAAACCCUUCGUAUCUGGACCAAGAGGCAAUAACGUUCCGCAGCCUCAAGAACGUAAUAAAAAAAUCCUCAACCAAGGCCGUGUCAUGGGUUGGUGAGUCUGGUGGUGCCUACAACAGCGGGAGGAAUCUUGUCUCUAAUGCUUUCGUGUAUAGUUUCUGGUACUUGGACCAGCUUGGUAUGUCAUCAGUGUAUGAUACCAAAACAUAUUGUAGACAGUCUCUGAUCGGAGGAAACUAUGGGUUGCUAAAUACUACUAAUUUCACACCCAAUCCAGACUAUUACAGUGCCCUGAUCUGGCGACAACUUAUGGGAAGAAAGGCAUUGUUCACAAGCUUUUCCGGAACCAAAAAGAUACGUUCAUACACCCACUGUGCAAGACAAUCUAAAGGAAUCACAGUUUUACUGAUAAACCUUGACAACACUACGACAAUUGUAACAAAAGUAGAGUUAAAUAACACUUUCAGUCUGAGACAUACAAAGCACAUGAAGUCUUAUAAAAGAGCAACUUACCAACUUCCUUCGGAUAGUAAUGGGGAAAUCCAAAGAGAAGAGUAUCACUUGACAGCAAAAGAUGGAAACUUACACAGUCAGACUAUGCAACUCAACGGUAAUGCUCUUCAGGUUAAUUCAAUGGGUGACUUACCUCCUAUAGAGCCGAUACAUAUAAAUUCAACAGAGCCAAUAACAAUAGCUCCAUAUUCCAUAGUGUUUGUGCAUAUGCGGACUGUUGUUGUACCUGCAUGUGCUUAGGUAGCUGCAUAUGGAACUUAAGACAGUUCCUCCAUUCAGUUAUUUGAUUAGAGAUAAAGAAACAAGUGUACCUUUCUUUCAGAAACCUAUGGGCAUUGAAAUCUGUAAGUUCAAAGUAUUUGGACCAAAUAAAAUAAGUAAAACAAUUUCGAAACCCAAAA